GGGGAGGGGAGGGGGAGGUGGAAAGAAAGGACUUAAAAAAAAAAAAAAAAAAAGGAAAAAAAAAGAAAAAAAAAAAAAGGAAAAAAAUAAAUUCCCCCAAAGAGGCGGCGACGGCAACAGUGAAGACCGCCGCGGCGGCGGCGCGCUGAAGCGGCCAGGUAAAGCGCUGCGCGGGAGCCCGCGACACCCUUCCCUCAGGGGGUCUCUUCUCCUUCACACACCCCCGUGCUGGGGUCGCGGGAAGGUGACCAGGCGGGAAGGAGCUGGGGGAGGCCGGUGCGCCGCAGCCUGCGGGAGCUCGCCGCGUCCCUGCUCAGUCCCCGCGCGGCGGGAGCGGCCAGCGGCCCUUUGCCGAGGAGCGGGUGGCGGCGGCAAGCGCCUGCACAGGGGAGUGGGGAGCUCCGUGUCAAUCGGGCCCCCCUGUCGCCAUCUUGGCCCCCCUCUUCGCGGUGUCCGUGGGGGCCCCGCCCACCUUCUCCCACGCUAUUGGCUGGGGGGGCGGGGGAGGGGAGCUCAGCGCACGCUCGUUUAGACCCGCAGUACCUUGAUUCGCUAUUGGUUGUGGAGUUGGGGUGGUCCCUGCCAAUAGCCUUCUGGUGCUGCGUGCGCGCUCUCACUUUCCCUCUUGGUCACGCUCUCCUUAGCGACUUCGCCGUCCCGCAGGCGGGGCUCGCCCGGGCAGGGUCCGGUGCUGAGCGCCGCGUCCCGCUGUGCGCGCAAAGAGCUUGGAAACUUUUCCCAAAGCCUGCGUAUUUCUCAGGACACGUUGUGUCGUGGCUUGAUUUCAUGGUUUGCAGAGCCAGUACUUUCAGUAAAAAUAUGUUGCUCCUGGAAUUUGUUACUUCUUUUUAGAAUAAGCUCAGGAAUUGUUGUUGGGUCCUGGUACUGCGAGGUGCUGCUUACUCUUACGCGGCUGAGGGUUUGUGGUGCUGUGUCCUUAACAGAGCAGAAAUAAUGCAAUAGCUGAGUACAAGUCAUGGGUCUGUAGUGUAUUUUCUUGUCUGUGAGUCCUACAGAAAGAGGCUGAAAGCGUGGAUUGCUUCAAAGAAGGGUGAGGUGCUGGUUUGGGCCUCGGCGUAGCAAAAGAUAAGCUCUGGGCUGACUUAUCUUCUCAGAGGGAUUUUACACUUGGUUUUCUUUGUCUCCUCUCUGUCUUGUUUCAGCCUCAGCCCCUUUCUUCCUAUAACUUGUGUUGCCAGCUCUGACGCUGCCCUUCUCGCAUUACUCACUUGGCUUCCUCUUUGCUUUCCCUCUUUGCUGCCUCCCUCCUUCCCCUUGAGCUCACCAGGCUCCUGCAUCUCCAUCCUCCCCCAGCUUGUCUCACUGGCUCCAGGCUUCUGCUUUGCUCCCCCUUGGUGGGAACCUCCUUAAUGUUAGGAGCGGAGUCUCAAAUAAUUAUCUGGGUUGCUGAUUAGCAGUUUGCAAGGGCAGAGCUGACUUGGGCUUUUAGUUAAGGCUCUGAGUGAACCUGUUGCACAGUUCGUGGUGCGGUUUGGAACCUGUCUUGCUCUUUUCCUGCCCAUACCCCUGUGGACCCUCCAUGCAGGUGCCUCCAGCUCAGGUGCCCGAACAUGGAUUUGGGCUCCAGAGGGGCUAAUGCUGAGCCAAAACUGGGUCUCUGGACUGCAGCAAUGAGGAAGCCUCGAAGGAGAUCCCAGCAGAACUUGGAGGGGAGGCGUUCUCCCUCGCCCUACAGCCUCAAGUGCUCACCCACUCGGGAGACCCUGACGUACGCUCAGGCCCAGCGGAUUGUGGAGGUAGACAUCGAUGGGCGGCUUCAUCGCAUCAGCAUCUAUGAUCCCUUAAAAAUCAUCACAGAGGAUGAGCUGACUGCCCAGGACAUUACAGAGUGUAACAGCAACAAGGAAAACAGCGAGCAGCCCCUUUUCCCUUCCAAAUCUAAGAAAAUACCUUCCAAAGGCAGGAAGAAGGAGUCCUGCUCCAAACAUGCAACAGGGAUGUCCUUACACUUACCCCAGCCCAACUUCCGUGUGGUGGACUCCUUCAGCCAGUCAGAUGCUCCUCCUCUCCCUGCCGCCUACUACCGGUACUUUGAAAAGCCUCCUGAGGACCUUGAUGUAGAGGUGGAGUAUGAUAUGGAUGAGGAGGAUCUGGCAUGGCUGGAAAUGGUCAAUGAGAAGAGAAGGGAUGAUGGUUAUGGGACGGUUUCUCCUGAUACUUUUGAGCUCUUGGUGGAUAGGCUGGAAAAGGAGUCAUACCUCGAGAGCCGGAACAAUGGGGUUCAGCAGUCUCUCAUUGAUGAGGAUGCCUUCUGCUGUGUCUGCAUGGAUGAUGAGUGUCACAACAGCAACGUCAUCCUGUUCUGUGAUAUCUGCAAUCUGGCCGUGCACCAGGAGUGUUACGGCGUGCCCUACAUCCCCGAGGGGCAGUGGCUUUGCCGCUGCUGCUUACAGUCCCCUUCUCACCCUGUGGAUUGCGUCCUUUGUCCGAACAAAGGUGGAGCCUUAAAGCAGACCAGCGAUGGCCGCUGGGCUCACGUGGUUUGUGCCAUCUGGAUCCCAGAGGUCUGCUUUGCAAACACUGUGUUCCUGGAGCCCAUUGAAGGGAUAAAUAACAUCCCCCCAGCUCGGUGGAAGCUCACAUGCUAUAUCUGCAAGCAGAAGGGCAUGGGAGCUGCUAUCCAAUGCCACAAGGUGAACUGUUACACUGCCUUCCAUGUCACCUGUGCCCAGCGGGCUGGUCUCUUCAUGAAGAUUGAACCCAUGAGAGAGACCAGCGUCAAUGGCACGACGUUCAGCGUGCGCAAGACUGCCUAUUGUGAGAGUCAUUCCCCACCUGGGAUGGUGAAAAAAGGAUCUCCGGCUGUUAGUGGUGAGGGCCGGGAGGACACUGUGAAGGAGGAGGGAGAGGAGGAAGCCAAUUCUGGCCCUCCCAAAGGGUCUCUGAAAAAGAACCAACUGAAAUUGAAGCAGAAGAUCAAAAAGGAGCCUGGUGAUAUGACCAAUGGGCAUUCGUCUGCACCCAUGGUGACAGUCACACAAAUCCCCUCUUACAGGCUGAACAAAAUCUGCAGUGGCCUCCCCUUCCGGAGGAAGAACCAGUUCAUGCAGAGGCUCCACAACUACUGGCUGCUGAAGCGACAGGCAAGGAACGGGGUGCCUCUGAUCCGGCGCCUGCACUCGCAUCUCCAGUCCCAGAGGAAUGUGGAGCAGAAGGAGCAGGAUGAGAAGACCAGUGCAGUGAAGGAAGAGCUGAAGUACUGGCAGAAACUGCGGCAUGACUUGGAGCGGGCCCGGCUGCUCAUUGAGCUUAUCCGUAAGAGGGAAAAACUCAAACGGGAGCAGGUCAAGGUUCAGCAGGCUGCUAUGGAGCUACAGCUGACUCCUUUCAAUGUACUUCUGCGCACAACACUGGACCUGCUGCAGGAGAAGGAUGCUGCCCAGAUCUUUGCAGAGCCUGUUAACCUGAAAGAGGUUCCAGAUUACCUGGAAUUCAUUUCCAACCCAAUGGAUUUUUCCACCAUGAGGCGGAAGCUGGAGUCCCACCUGUACCGAACAUUGGAUGAGUUUGAGGAAGACUUUAACCUUAUAGUUACCAACUGCAUGAGGUAUAAUGCUAAAGACACGAUUUUCCACCGAGCAGCUGUCCGGCUCAGAGACCUUGGAGGAGCGAUAUUGCGUCAUGCACGGCGGCAGGCUGAAAACAUUGGCUUUGACACCGAUAUGGGGAUUCACCUGCCUGAGUCACCCAAAACUGAAGACUUUUACUGCUUUUCUUGGGAGGAUGUGGAUAACAUCCUCCUCCCAGAGAACCGAGCUCACCUCUCCUUGGAGGCCCAGCUGAAGGAGCUGCUGGAGAAGCUGGACAUAGUGAGCACCAUGCGGUCCAGCGGCGCCCGGACGCGACGCAUCCGACUCCUGAGACGGGAGAUCAACUCCAUUCGGCAGAAGCUGGCCCAGCAGCAGAACAAGACUGUGCCCAAUGGGGAGCCUCUGCCACAGGAAGAGGAGCUGGAUAAAACAUCAAGGGAGGAGGAUGAGGAAGGGGAGAAAGCAGAUGAUGCCAAGGCCCUGCACCCUCCAACCCUGGAACCCACAGGACCUGCACCCUCCCUCUCAGAGCUGGAGUCUCUGCAGGAUCCUCCAACGCUCAAACCCAUCAAUGAAAGCAAGUCCUUGAAUUGGCUGCAGAAGAGAGUGAUAUCAGACAGGGAUCUCUUCGACAAGAAGGCUCUGCAGCGGGAGAGUCGAGCCUUCCAGCGCCUGCUCAGUGACAAUGGCCUGAACGGACUGGCCUUGCCGCCUGCAGACACCCCCACCAGCCCCCUCUUCAGUGGCGUGGGCCGACGGACAUCUGUCCUUUUUAAAAAAGCUAAGAACGGGGUGAAGCUGCAAAGAGGCCUGGACUGCUCCCCGGAGAACAGGGAGGACCAUGGGCAGGGCGGGCAGUUUUUGCUCACCCGCCCUGACAGGGAGCGACAAGCUCAGAAGCGGCCGCAGAGCAGGAACUGCAAUGAGAGCGAUGGAGAGAAGUCACCCAGGCAGUCAGGACAGAGAGGAGUGACUAACGGCUUUGCAAAACACGCAGAAAGUGGCUCUGACUCUGAGUGCAGCUCUGGCCUGGGUGGUGGACUGGGCUUUGAAGCCUGCGGUGAUUUGAUGCCUCCCAAGCGAAGUCGAGGAAAGCCAGCUCUUUCUCGGGUACCCUUCUUGGAAGGUGUGAAUGGAGACUCUGAUUACAGCAGCUCAGGCAGGACUCUACUGAUGUCCUUUGAGACUCAGGCUGAGCUGGAGCCUCUGGAGCUCGUGUGGGCCAAGUGCCGUGGUUAUCCCUCCUACCCUGCCUUGGUAAGUACCCUGCGGCAGUGCAUGUAGCGCAGAACACAGUGCCAAUGUGCAGUGUAACCAGACAGACAAGGAAAACUUCCCAAAGUCAUGCGAUAUGUGCUUUUAAAGUUCUUGUAUCCCUUUUGCACAGUUAAUUUUCCCUGUGCUUGUUGUUUCAGAGCAUUGCAGAGGAUUCAUAAAACUUUGGUCUCUUGGUGCCAGGGACAGGAGGAGAUCUCUCCUCUCUUCAGCUAUGGGGGAAGUAAUCGGUACUGUUGGAGUGAGAAGACCUAAAUUUUAUAAAAGCAUGCACCAGUUUCCACUGGUGUCUAACUGCCCAUACAUUUUCCUAUAUAGUGAG